CGGGUUCCUCUGGCGGGCGUUGCUGAAAUUCAAUGCGGUAACGAGGGAGCGGAAGAAGCACAGCAAAAAGAUGUUUGAGCUGCAGAUGCAGGCGACGCGGGCGAAACUUCCCAUGGAAAAACGGAUCAAGGCGGAGAAGGAAAGAAUCGAAACUGCGAAGACAAAACGCCGGAACUACGACAUUCUACUCGAGGAAAUCCGGGAUUUGCUGGUCCUAGACGAACCGACGAGGCUGGCGAAACGGGAAAAGAUCCGCGGGGAUCCGGAUUCGAGACAGGCCCAGAAGUUGAAGUGGCGGG